AUGUCCGAUAACAAUCCCCAUCAUCCUGGGGUACGCAGCUUGUUGGCCAAGUUUGAAGGCCAAAGCCCUAUCGCCUCUCCGCCGCCUCGUGGCCGAUCCCCAGCUGCGUCAGACUCGUCAGGGACAGUUCGCCAACUGUCCAAGGUCCGGGCUAGCUUUAUCACUGUGGACGGGGUCGUACAGUCGAACCCCGCUUCGCCGUUGAGGAAAACAAGUGGGCGCGGCGAUAGUCCUGGAAUGUUUGGACCGAAAAUCAAUUCGGGAGAUGCGGACUCUGGUCGACAAACUAUGAUUUCCCCCACCCCGCUCAGUCGCCUAGACCACACACAGAACGCGACUAUGGCACAGAUAAUGGCCGAGGGUCGACCGGAGGAAGCUAUUGAAACCAAGAGUGAACGAAAUCAAACUGCCAAGGAGGAACCAGCAGCGCCCACUGAGACUGGAUUUCAGUCGCGAAAUACCCCACCAAAGCAGACAGAGGAGCCUAUCUCUACGGAUGCCAAGUCGACAAGCUCCGACACCUCGCAAAAGUCAAAUUCGUCGGGACCGAUUAAGAAGAAGCCUUCUUCCGUUGGGUCUGCUCGCAGUGCAACGAGCAAGUCUGUGCCAAGUAGUGCAGCUUCGACUGGUGCGAAGCCUGCGGCUCACAAGACAAGCACCAAGCCUACAGCUCGCGAAGUAGCUAAAGAGCGUGCCAGCUCUCUAGCCCACAAACCGAGUCGUGUCUCACUGAAUCCCAAGACAACAGCACGACCAACCCGUGGCUCGGCACCAACCCAAGAUACUUCAAAGCCACCUACCGCAGGUGUGUCCAGCAAGCCAGGAAUGAAGUCCCCACCGAGACCUACCCGUGUAACUGGCUCGACACACGCAUCUGCUGCUAAGUCGGGAAGCACAGGAGCUCCGAGCACUCGCACUACUACCAGUGCACCAACCCUCACAAGAAAACCUUCAACUCUCAAAAGCGCGACUGGAAGUCAGUCGCGUGCCGCUACUCCAAGUACCAGCGUUCGCAGACAAGCCUCUCGGCCUUCAUUGCCCGCUCAAGCAGCUCAUGAGACAACCACCAAGCCUGUCAACGAGGGUUUCCUUGCGAGAAUGAUGCGGCCUACUGCUAGCUCCGCGAACAAGUCCCAACUCCAGGAAAAGGCUGAUACCAAGCCUGCCACCAAGACAACCUCGGUCCCCAAAGCCCCCAGGCCAUCAAUUGGGAGAGUGCCAGACCGUGGCGUCCCCCAUGUGAAGCCCAAGAGCACUGCUCUUCGACCUCAAAGUCAGAAAUCCCAGGCUUUGAACAAGGAGCCUGCGCCAAAGAAAGAUGGACCUAAGCCUUCCCAAAAGAAGCAGGAAAGUGAGAAGGAGAACAUCGUGGAGCCUAUCACAACCAGCCUGAAGGAGCCUGCAACAGUGGAACCCGCUCUAGUUGCGGCUGUGGAACAGCCCGAGGCUGCUUCAAAGCCAGCCGAGGAGACCGCUUCCACUGCUCAGGUUGAGGAAGUUGCCCCGGAAGUUGCCCCGGAGGUUGCCCCGGAGGUUGCCAUCGCAUCUACUGAACCAAUCGAGAAGUCAAUUGAAGUGCCUGAGCCGAUCGUCGAGGAGACAGUGGCUGAGAUCUCCUCUGAUCACGUCCCAAUUGAAGAUGCUACGGAGGUGCAGGCUGAGCCCAUUGAUUCCAACGAAGCCAAGACUUCAGCUGAGGCUGAGGCGAAUGCUCCUGUUGAGGCCCUCAUUGAGCCCAUCACUGAGGAUGCUGAGGAGGAGCAGGCUGCUGAGACCCCCACCCCCACCGAAGAGACAGCCACAGAGCCCGUGACCAUCCCAACGGCUGGCGAUGAGGUUAAGGUCGAUGAGAAGCAAGAGCCCUCGAUUCCCGAGCCAGAGGUGCUCGAGACUCCGGAAUCAACAACCGUCCAGGUUGAGGCUGAAAAGGAAGAUGAAGAGCCAGUGAAGGAGGCUAUUGUCACUGAGACUUUGGCAGAGGCCGCAGAAGAGAAUCCCACAGAGGCUAAGUCCACUGAGCCUGCCCCUGAUGCGCAGCCCGCAACUGAGAUUGAGUCAAACAACGUCGCCAUCGAUAUUGCCACUCUGUCAUUGCACUAG